GUAGGUUAGCCACAAGAAAUUUGUCAUGAAAAUUAAAGAAAGAUCUGGGGAAGAUCAAAAUUUGAGUGAUAUGAACAGUCUCAGUAUUUCCGACAAGAUUGGGUUUGCCUCAGCUUCUACCACAACCUUUCAGAUAAGUGAGCCUCAAGGCCAGAGGAAGCCAUCCGCAUGCUGUGCUCGAACGGCCCUUGGCAUCUACCUGCUGCUGCUGACGGCCGGCCAGGGGCUGCUGGUGUACAAAGUGUUUAAGAUGGAGAGAGAGAUAUUGAAAUUUCAGGAGCAAAAUACCUCCUAUACAGAAGAGAUUCUGAAGAGCUCCUUUGCCAACAGUCUGAUUUCGGAGAGAAGCUCUGCUGAGUACUUGGGACAGGAAGAAAACUGGAGGAGAAGCGUAGAAGAGGAAAUUACCAUAAUCAAAAGCAGCAAUGCACACCUGAUGAUGAUGGUGAGCAACAUCACCCUGGUUGCAGGUCCUCCUGGACGCAAAGGAGAUCCUGGUCCCCCAGGGCUACGGGGACCACCGGGGACAAAGGGAGACCAAGGAAUCCAGGGCUUACAUGGACUGCAGGGCGAGAAGGGGAGCAAAGGAGAUCCUGGUCCUGCUGGUUCAAGUGGUGUGCCAGGAGUGAAAGGAGAAAAAGGACAGAUGGGACUUCCAGGUGUCCAAGGACAGAAAGGUGACACAGGCAAGAAGGGAGACCCUGGGUCACAUGGACCCACAGGUCCUCAGGGACGACAGGGAGUCCCAGGACUGCCAGGUUUCAAUGGUACCACAGGGAAGCCUGGACCUCCUGGGCAGAAAGGAGAGGCAGGUGUACCUGGACAGCCUGGAACUGUGGGAAGUCCUGGCCCUGAAGGCAGAUCUGGUCAGAAAGGGGAGAAGGGGGACCAGGGACCCAAAGGUAGCCCAGGAAUAGCAGGCACUGAUGGACUCAGAGGUGAAAAAGGAGAACAAGGAGUAAGAGGUCUUCCAGGGCAAAAGGGAGAAAAGGGAGACCAGGGCCCAAAAGGCAUCCAAGGCCUACCUGGUCAAAAAGGAAGCAAAGGUGAUUCUGGCACUCAGGGUCAAAAAGGAGAACUGGGACCAAAAGGAGCCAAGGGAGACCGAGGAUUGUCUGGUUCCCCAGGACCAAAAGGGAGCAAAGGUGAAAAGGGAGAAGCCGACUCCAAUCAUAUACGGAUCGUGGGAGAAAGCAGGAGGGGCCGUGUGGAAAUCUUACACGAAGGGAUCUGGGGAACAAUAUGUGAUGAUCACUGGACCUUGCAAGAGGCUGCUGUAGUCUGCCGAAUGCUGGGAUUCAGCCAUGCAGUCUCUGCUUUCACAGCUGGUGGAGGCACUGGAACAAUUUGGCUUGACGAAGUAAAUUGCAGUGGGUCUGAAAGUUCAAUUAUCUACUGUUCAAAGAACAGCUGGGGUUCACACAACUGCGGCCACAGCGAGGAUGCUGGAGUGGAGUGCAGUUGAUGGGACACAGAAACUGCCCUGGGAGCCGCUGUCACCUCUGCUCUCCCUGGGGCUUUUCUUCAUGAUGCAAACCCAAUUUCGUCAGGCUGUGCAUAUAGUCUCCUUACCAGGUCACAAAAGUAUUGACAAAGAAAUUUGAAUUUUUCGUACAUCAGUAACGGUUGCAAGACCCCCAGGUAACCUGGAACAUCCCAGCUGUCACCAAACAAUUGGAGCUCAGGCAUGUGAGCCAGUUCACAGCUUUUCCAGCUACCUGACAUCAGCUCACCUGCAGGAGCUCACAACUGUGUGACCUCUAAGUGCACAAGGGGGGAGAUGGUCCACGUUAGCUUAGUGC